AUGGAGGAGCGGGCCGAGGCGGCGCCCCGCCCGCCGCCGGCGGAGCACAAGCGGGAGCAGGAGCCUGAGGAGGCGCUGCACGUCGCCAAGCGGAGGAAGGUGCUGUGCUCCGAGUUCGCCGCCAUCACCAGCAGCGACGAGGCCGUGGCGCGCCGCUUCUUGGCCGGCAGCGACUGGCACAUGGAGAGGGCGCUGAACGCCUACUUCGACCCGCCAGCCAAAGUCAGCUGGCUUCAAGGCAGACCCGCUGCAGUCACAGAUAGGUCAGUAUUAUGCAUGUUAACAAACAAAUACACUCUCUUUAGCAUUGACCUCACUGCAGAUGCAACUACAAGUAAUGCUGGUGUCAACAGUGAAGACUCACAGCAAAAAGAAGACAACAGCAACUUCUCGCUGAUCACGUGGAACAUUGAUGGGCUGGAUCUGGGAAAUGUGAAAGACCGAGCUAGAGGAAUCUGUACAUACCUGGCGUUAUACAGUCCGGAUGUUGUGUUUUUACAGGAGGUCAUCCCACCACAUCUCCCUCUUCUCCAGAUGAAAGCAGGCAAUUACACUAUUAUUCCAGGUAACAUAGAUGGUUAUUUCACUGCUGUAAUGUUAAAGAAAUCGAGAGUGAAGCUACUGAAACAUGAAAUAAUACCUUUUCCAACAACUGCCAUGAAGAGGAACCUUUUAAUUGUGCAUGUGAGCAUAUCUGGUAUUGAACUUUGCCUUAUGACUUCUCAUCUGGAGAGCACUAAAGAUCACUCCAAGGAACGUAUAAAGCAGCUGCAAAUAGUGUUAAACGAAAUGCAGAAGGAGUCUGAGUCCACCACUGUUAUAUUUGGAGGGGAUACAAACCUCAGAGACAGCGAGGUUGCUAAACUUGGUAAUCUGCCUGACAACAUUAAGGAUGCCUGGGAGUUUUUGGGUAGACCUCAGCACUGCCGCUACACUUGGGACACGCAGUCCAACACCAACCUGAAUGCAGCCUACAAGUGCAAGAUGAGGUUUGACCGCAUUUACUUUCGGCCUGCAGUGGAAGGGGGACAUUUCAUUCCACGAAGCAUGGACUUAAUUGGCUUGGAAAAGCUAGAAUGUGGCAGAUUUCCUAGUGAUCAUUGGGGCAUUCUGUGUAACUUUGAUGUUAUAUUAUAAAAAGGAAAAAAAAUACUUGCAUCUUCAGUUUUUAGGUGAUUUAUUCUUGAUUUUACAAAAUUUUACCCUCUCAGUUUAAGGUAGGGCAUAUUUAAGUUUUCAGCCCUUAUACAUUCUUUGUUCUUGGCUUCUGCAGGGAUGGUUUUGUUUCAAGCCAGGUUUCCCUUUUCCUAUUGGAUGCAUCUUUUCUUGAAUCAUGUUUUAUAAUAUUUAUUUUUGAAAAUAUCUGCAAAACCAAGCAAAUUCUAGUUUUGAAAUGGCAGGAAAAACCUGUAAAUACAAUUCAUAAACAUACACAGUGAUUUAAACGACACUUUUAUUUUGGCAUGUAUUAUGAUCUCAUAAUAAAGGCUGCUUUUUUAUAUUAUAAGACUA